AUGGAGCAAGGUUGCAUCGUCCGUGAGAUCACGGCGGCGACGUCCCGCAACGCAUACCCAUGCACGUUUCACUGCGUCACCUGCAACGAUCAACGCCGCGUCACUGCCCUCGAUCUUGCCAUAUCCAACCUCGUCGGACAAAUCUUCUCUUCCCCAUUUUCCUCACUAGACAUACUCAUCUCCCUCAACCUCUCCGCCAAAUCCUUCGUCGUCAAUGCCAACUCUUCUCUCUUACAAAUCCCUUACACCGUUAAGGAGCUCGAGCUCUCCUUCUCCGGUAUCAUCGGCCACAUACCAGAGAAGAUGUUCACCAACUGUCCCAACCUUGAGUACGUCAAUCUAGCCUUCAACAACAUCACCGGAUUCCUGCCGGAGAAUCUCUUACUUCACAUCGACAAGCUUAAAUAUCUCGAUUUCUCCUAUAACAACAUCUCGGGCAUGAUAUCCGACUUGAAGAUCGAGAGGUGCAGCUCUUUGUCUCAUCUCGAUUGGUCGGGAAAUCAGAUUGCGGGAUCACUACCGCCGUCUAGUGAAGCUGAUUAUGCGGCAGAAUUUUGUCUCCGACGAAAUCCCCUCCGCUUUCGGCGCGCUGAAAAGCCUGCAAACCCUAGACCUCACCCACAACCACCUCAUCGGCUGGAUCCCAUCGGAGCUCGGCAACAUGUGUGCCUCCCCUUAUCGACCUCAAGCUCUUGA